AUGGACGACGGCACACCGCUCGAGGUGUUGGCCAGCUCCUCCUCUUCCUCCUCCUCCUCUAUCACCACUUUGAGCUCGUCAACUUCAGCUACCGCAACCACGACAACACCAACCGCGGCCACCGCGAAGAGGGUGAGCAAGGCCAAGCUGCUGCGGCUCGGGUCGUCCAUGGGCCUGGCCGUGCCGCUGGCCCUGACGCGCCGGGCCUGGAAGGGCGCGGCCUACGCCUCGUGGUCGGUCGGGUUCGAGGUGCAGCACGAGAUGGGCCAGGCCCUCCUGCGCAACCACCACCGCUUCAGCCUCACCGACCUGUGCCAGCUGUCGGCCGACUUCGCGGCCGACCCGCCGGCCGAGACGAGCUCGAUCCGCAUCGUCUACUGCGGCGGCAUCCGGGCGGACAUGGUCCAGUACCGCAGCCCGUUCGCCCAGCGACGACCCAACAACGACAAGAAUGAGAAGAAGAAGAAGAAUGAUGGACGUCACCUCGAGAAUCGGGCCAUUCUGUCGAAAUCGGAGAGCAAUUCGCGAGGGGGCAAGGUGGCCUACCGAAGCAAGUCGCACGAAGACGAGGAGGUCGAGCUCAAGAAUCUAUCGAAAUCGUCAUCCACUCUUGCCACCUCUACUUCAUCUUCUUCGCCAUCUUCGUCUACGCAAAUGGACGACCUCGCCUCCACCACGCGUGUCAAGCUAUCGAAGCGUCGCAUCAAGAGCGAGAACGACAACCUCGGCCGGGACAACCAGUUUCGAUCGACAUCAGGGGGCGAUGCCAGCGUACACGGCCCAAAUGGAAAUGUAGAAAAUGGAAAUGGAGAGGAAGACGAGGAGAAGCCGGCCGCGACGGUCCUCUACCUCCACGGCGGCGGCUUCUGCGUGGGGUCGUCCACCACCUACCGUCGGUGUCUGUGGCACUUCAGUCGGGAGAUGAAAGGGCUUCGUUUCCUGGCCGUCGACUACUCGCUCAGUCCGCACGUCCGCUUCCCCACCGCCCUCCAGGAAUGCCUCCACGCCUAUCUCUGGCUGAUCGACGAGAACGGAGGAAACGUGGUCCUCGCGGGCGACUCGGCCGGCGGGUGCCUCGUGCUGGCGCUCCUAUUCCUCAUCCGCCAGAUGCGCGAUGACGCCGCGUCGGCUACGAAUAACGGUGACGACGACCACGAAGAGAACGAAAGCGAAAGCGAAAGCGACGAGCAGGACAAGAAGACGGUGAAGGGGAAUACCAAGCUACCCAUUGCAUUGCCGUCGCGCAAGACGCCGCCGGCGUUCCCGCUGUGCGCGUUCCUGAUGUCGCCGUGGGUCGACCUGAGCGAGUCGAGCAGCGUGAUGAAGCCUGAGUCCUACGCCCAGCCGGCCAGCCACCGCUCCCAGUCGGGCCUCGCCCGCCGCUUCAUCGACGCCUAUCUCGGCACCAGCGACUACGAUGGCGUCGCCAACAACAACAAGAAUGCGAAGAAGAACGACGACAGGAAGAACGAAAGCGAAGAGAAUACGACGACGACGACGACGCCCGACGUGCUGUCGCCGUACAUCUCGCCGAUCUACGGCGACCUGCAGGGCCUGCCGCCGGUGAUGCUGACCGCGGGCGGGGAGGAGCCGCUGCUGGCCGACAUCCAGGCCCUCCACGCCAAGUGCGUCGACGCCGGGCUCGAGGUGGAGCUCGACGUGGGCGAGCACAUGAACCACGCCUACCAGGUCUUCCACGACCCGUCGUCCCACCGCGAGGUUGAGCGCUCGAUUCAGGCCGUCGGCCGCUUCGUGUGGCGCCACAUCGCCCGACGUCAGCUGCACGACGACUGA